GCAUGAAGAAGAAGAAGCAAGUAGACCAGAGACGUAGCCGGUGACAGGUCCUCAGAAGAGCAGGGAAGAUCGACCGUCUGAGAGUCCUUUUUCAAGCAUCCAGGAAGACCACAUUGGGCCAAAAGAAUGGGAAACGUUGCGCUCUCUACAGGUCUCUUCAGAACUGUUGCAACCAUGUCUGAACGAGUCAAUGGAGGGAGGUUCGUGGCCAGGAGGAUCAGUAAUAGCAUAACUUAUUAUUAUGCUCCGUUCUCAGAGGCAGGAGACUGGACGUUAUGUCCUGCCAAAGAAUGUCUUUCCUCCUCUCCAUUGCUCUCAGAUUCUGCCUCCACUUCCCGUCCUCUUCUUCUUCUAUUCUCCUGGCUUGGUGCCCAGCUAGGGGCGGUGGCCAAGUACAGGGACCUUUACCUGGACCAUGGCAUGGAUGUCCUUGUGGUCCAGAGCAGUGUAAUGCACUUCCUGUGGCCUCGAUGGGGGCUCGACUACGGGAUGGAGGUUUUGAAGGUACUGGAGGAGCCUCAGUUCUUAGAGAGGGCGGUGCUGGUCCAUGCCUCCUCCAUUGGUGGCUACACUUUCACUCAGGUACUCACCCACAUCUCUCAGAGACCAGAAAAACAUGCAGGCCUUGCCCACAGGGUGAUAGGGCACAUCUAUGACAGCUUGGUGGUUGGCACUCUGGAGCACAUGGCGAUAGGCCUUGGGAAGACUCUGGUCCCAAGUUUUGAAGGCUUAGUCAAAAAUGCUGCCUUGCUUUACUUCUGGCUCUUCAAAACCCACACGGCAGACUUCUAUGAAAACAGCAUUCAAGUUUUCCUCAACAACCCAAUUACUGCACCAGCCCUCUUCUUCUUCAGUGAAAAUGACGCCCUGUGCAACCCAGUUGUCAUGGAAAAGUGCAUUGACCUGUGGAGGAAGAGGGGCGUGACUGUGGAGAGCAGGAAGUGGAAGGAGUCAAUACAUGCAGCCCACAUGCGAUGCCACCCAGAAGACUAUCUCUCUACCCUGGAGAAGUUCUUGAACUCACUGGCCAUUUCCUCCCUCAGGGCAAAAAUGUAACUGUUGGGGGAGUAAAAGCAGGAAUUUUAAAACUGUAAGAUGCUUUAUUUAUUCUAUGCUUUAAAGAAGACAGAUUUAUUUAUCUUCCAGCUGUUUCAUUAUUAACAGUGUAAUUUAACAAAGACAAACUCCUUUUAAGCACUCUCUAUUUAAAUGAUGUGCAGUAUUUAAGGAAGUACUGUAAAGGUUAUGUUACAUGAUGCUUGUUUUGUUCAGGAAGUGUUAAAUAACUGUUUCUGCACAUUAUGUGGUAUUGUUUAUAACAGCACAUCUGUUUUUGCAGAAAAGCAUGAAAUUGUAUACAUCUGAUUUAUAUAGUGCAUAGCGGGGUUUUGUUUGUUUGUGAGGGUGAGCAGGUCAGGCAGUGAGCAAUUGUGAACAGGCAUGAUGUAGGGCAGCUAAAGGCAGGGAGGGAGUGGAAAAUGAGAGUAGAUUUAGGAAAACAGGAUCUACCACUGAUCUUGUGUUGUGGUCGUAAACACAGGUAUUGUGAGGGGAGUUGUGGCGCUGACAGUACCAUGGGAGACAAAAGCGAAGGUAUACAAAGGUUAGCUGUUGGGGUUUUGUUGGAAAAUCAAUUUUGUCCCUGUUAACUGAACUGGUUAUAAGUGAAAAAUAUGACAGACAAUGCAGUCAGUGCCAUGGAUGUAUAAUGUUUCCAGUGCACAUUUGUUGGUAAGAAAGGUGACUGGGGCGAAUAUAGGUAAGUGCGGGAUCUUACACUCGUAAUGUCAACCACUGACGUUGGAAAUAAGGCUUUCUGAAGCACUGAAUCACUAGCAGUUGUGUUGAAAAUGCUUCACUGUUUCAAAUGAUUUGAUAGAGUCAAAAUGGCGACAUCUGCUGGCCAAACCGUUUUUUGCAUUUGUAUGGAUAGAGUACAUCUGAGACCAUGGUGAAACUGUCAGGCUUUUAUUAUUGUUAUAUCAAAGUAGAAGCAUAUUGUCAGUGUAAGUUAUUUGGCAUAACAACAGAUCAGCCAUACUGACUGACUGACAAGAGCAUCCUGUAGCUAUAUUUUUUAUAUCUUCAUUAGCAAAGACAAUGAUAAAGGACUUUAAUAGUCAUUAAUACAAACACAGACAAGGCAUGAACCAAGCCAGGCGGAGUUGUCAUGUACAGCUUUCUUAUUUUUUGAAUCAAAGAUGUUAGUAAUGUACUGCUCAGACUAUAAAUAAAGGUUUAGAGUGACUAAA